AUGGACCAAAGAGAUUUGAUUCGUAUCGCUCAUGGACCUGACACUCUCUUACAAACUUUCUGUCGAAAAGCUAAAUCCGAUUUGGGUCUUUCUUCUAAUGGUUUCUCACUACUAAACCCUAUCUCUAGACCCAUCAACAUCCAUCUCCAACAACAACAACAACCAUUAUCUCAGUCUUCACCAAGGAAUGGGUUUUUAGACUUCUCUCGAAACCCUAACCCUAACCCUUUGUCUCCUUCCUUAAACCCUAAUUUCACUUCUAGUCCCUUUGGUGACGGUUCUUCACUCUUCGCUUCUUCUUCUUCCGGAGAUCAGUUUUCAUUUCUCAACGAGCAUAAGAGGAGUUUCUCUGCGAGUGAUGUUUGUAUUGAAUCAGAGGAGGAACAAGGGUUUGGUCCGUUUGGUCCGUUUGGAGGUUAUAGGUUUCCACAAGUUGAUGAUUUUGGUUCCUCUAGUGGUGGUCUUAGUGAGAGGGAUUACAUGUGUUUACAGAGAGAAGAGUUAAUGAGGUUGAAGUUAGUUCAGCAACAGAGAAUGGCUGCUACUGCUAAAUUCAUGGCUUCUGCUUGUGGUGGUUCAGCCUCUUCAAUGUCACAUGAAAAAGACAUUAAUUUCCUCCUCCAAACAAGGAAUUUGCAAAGACAAGGAUCAGGACAGUUUGGAGAAGAGAGUGGUUACUAUUAUAGUCAAAACCGGCAUGAAAGAGAUGAUUCUGUAUCUAGACAGAUUUACUUGACAUUUCCAUCUGAAAGCUCCUUCACCGAUGAAGACGUAUCCAAUUACUUCAGCAAUUUCGGAACUGUGGAAGAUGUGAGGAUUCCGUAUCAGCAGCAACGGAUGUAUGGUUUUGUUACUUUCGCUAAUGCUGAAACCGUGAGAAGCAUAUUGGCUCGAGGAAACCCGCAUUUCAUUUGUGAUUCACGCGUGCUCGUUAAACCGUACAAGGAGAAAGGAAAAAUCCUUCAAAGCAAGAGGCAAAUGCAGCAACUGCAACAGCUUAUAGAGAGAGGGAACUAUUCUCCGUCUUCAAGUCCUUCUGGAUUGGACUCAAGAGAUCUAUAUGAUUGUCACUUGGGAGAUGCUGAGAAGAAAAGCCGAGCAACAAGCUGA